UUGCACAGGGAAGUGUAGCUCGCAGAAGUUGUAACGUCAACUCCUUUCUUAACAAUGGCGGCUGUCACGAGCGAGUUAUUCAUGUCGGCGAGACUCAGAGGAAUACUGUUUGUUGUCAUUCUCAAUUUUGUAUUUAUACCACCGCUGACUGCCAUAUCAGAGCCAGGAAAAUGGGUCCUGGAUGUUGUUAAUGUUGGUGCUGAGAAGCCAAAGUACUACUAUUUCCCGAAGACGAUGUUUAAUAAUACUGUCAUUGAAAUAAAAUGGCUCAGUGAAGAGUGUGCUGUUUCUGUAAACUUUACUAUAGCGUGGUAUUUGCGGAGUUCUCCUUGCUACAAUGAAGUCUUUGGACUUGAUCCUGCUUUAGCAGAAGCCUAUUUUGACAAAUCUGUAAAGCCGGAAGGAGGCUUUGGAUCGUACUUAACUCACAAGUAUGAGCCUAUAAAGUGCGAAUCAAGUAUUCCUGGAAAUAAGCUUGCAAUAGACUUUGAGCAUCCUAAACUGCUGACGACAUUGCCUCCGCCAACCGGAGAUUCACAAGGCAGACGAAGGAGGGACACGGGGAAACCAGAAGGGCAGACAAAAGAUGAUGCGGCAGCAAGUUCAUCGAGUGCUCCCAAAAGCAAAGAAUCUUUAUCAGUGAUUAACUCGCAAAAACAGGCUAAAACGAACAAUGCAGUGGCACGAACCUGGGACGACAGUCCUUAUAUGUUCAUCAUCCGUGUUGAGGCAAAUCCAGCUACCAAAGAAACAAAAUCAAGCAUAAAACUGGAGAUCAGGAUGCACGGCACUUAUCAAUACAUCUCAGCAUCUGAAUGGCCAUUGAUGAUUUUCUACAUGGUGAUGUGCAUCAUCUAUGUGAUUAUGGGCGUGCUGUGGUUGGCUCUGUCUGCGUGUUACUGGAGAGACCUGCUUCGGAUUCAGUUUUGGAUUGGAGGAGUGAUCUUUCUGGGCAUGUUUGAGAAGGCAGUCUACUAUGCUGAAUUCCAGAGUAUCCGUUACGAUGGCCAGUCAGUUCAAGGUGCCGUGGUGUUUGCAGAGGUACUUUCAGCUGUAAAAAGAACCCUGGCUCGAGUCCUGGUCAUUAUUGCUAGUCUUGGAUAUGGCAUAGUCAAACCAAGACUGGGAGCAUUGCUGCACAGGGUGGUGGGGGUAGGACUGCUGUACCUUAUCUUCUCCAUCAUAGAAGGUGUACUGAGAGUGAACACGGAGCACGGUGGUUCAAGCAGGCUGCUUUGUGACAUUGUUAUGGCCCUCAUUGAUUCUUGUAUUGUGUGGUGGAUCUUCAUUAGCCUGGCCCAGACGAUGAAGCUACUUCGGCUGAGGAGAAAUGUGGUCAAGUUGUCCCUUUACAGACACUUUACCAACACACUCAUAUUCGCUGUAAUUGCUUCUGUUGUAUUUAUUGUGUGGACAACGAAGACCUUCAAGUUAUCCAAGUGCCAAUCUGACUGGAGAGAGCUGUGGAUAGAUGAUGCCUUCUGGCGCUUCCUGUUCUCUAGUAUCCUGCUCGUCAUCAUGUUUUUAUGGAGGCCGUCAGCAAACAACCAGAGGUAUGCCUUCAGUCCACUGGUGGAUGAAGUUAGUGAGGAAGAAGAGGAGCAGCUAAUGAAUGAAGCCUUCGAGGGUGUGAAAAUGAGAGGCAUGAAACCAGAAACCAAUGGAAGCGCAAAACCCAGCAAAGUGGAUGAAGAUCUCAAAUGGGUUGAGGAGAACAUUCCCUCAUCAAUGGCUGAUGUCGCGCUGCCGCCUCUGCUAGACUCAGACGAGGAGAUCAUGACUACAAAGUUUGAGAUGUCCAAAAUGGAGUAGAUCUAUGAAGAGGAUGUGUGUAAUGUAUAUAAUACAUGUACGACAAUGCACAAACUGCUUUAUCCCAAAAUAUGAGCUUUUCAUAAAGCACCGUCUGUAAAUACCUGGGAUGAUGAGGGUGAUGCACUAAAGGAUUUUUGUUUUAUUUUUAAUUGCCUGUUUGUAUUUAUAUUUUCUCAGAUAAUAUGGUGUAAGUUUCUUAAAACAUAACUGUAAAUUGCCUUUGACUGUUGUUUACAUAUCUACAGUAUGAAAUAUGAUUAAAACACAUUAGUUUGUGCAUUGUGCUCUUUCACUAAGAGGCUUUUGCACAACAAUCCUCUUAUUAAUUAUAUAAAGAUGGGAAAACAUGUAAGAUAAAAGCUCUCUCUUCUGCUUUUCUUUAAUUCGUCAGUAUGCUUUCACAAAUUAACAGUACCUCUCUGACCUGGUGGUAUUUUCAGUAAAAGUGGCCAUUAAGUGUCAUCUUGUUGGCCUGUGCACCAUUAAGCAGAUUGCCUUUCAAUGGAUUUAUCUGACGUGAGUUUUUAAUGCUCCGUGUCAUACUUAAUAGACACUCGCCUGCCUUUGGGUACAGUUAGAUGACGAGGGAAAAUGAGGUUGAAAGUCUCUGUCAACACUGUCUAAAAUGAAAGGCAGAGGUUGUUUUUUUUUUCCCUGGUAUAUAUAGCAGCAUAUGCAAAUGCCUGUUGCAAAUAAAAGUAUUUUUAUACUAGAAA